CAGAGAAGCGAUCAUGUGUCAGAAGUGAAAGUGAAAGAAGGAUCUUCUUCAGUUUUGUCGUUAAAAGCGCUGACGCACCGACUCUUUGUGUAAAGCCGAGGCGAGCAAACGUUUAAAGCGGUAUUUAGAAAGAGCUUUAUUCCAGACUGAUUGUUAGAGCUAUAACUUUAGAUUUCACUCAGUGUGCAGGUGAAAGAUGCUAAACAUAUCGACAAAGACACCGACCGGAGGAUUCUCUUUUGAGAACACGCGCAGAAAUGCUGUUCUUGAAGCAAACUUAUCAGAGAAGGGUUACAGUGCGCCAAACGCCAGGAAGACUGGCACCACCAUCGCUGGCCUUAUAUUCAAAGAUGGAGUGAUUUUAGGUGCAGACACCAGAGCCACGGAUGAUAUGGUCGUAGCUGAUAAAAACUGCAUGAAAAUCCACUACAUAGCUCCCAAAAUCUAUUGUUGCGGUGCAGGUGUUGCGGCUGAUGCUGAGGUCACUACUCAGAUGAUGUCAUCAAAUGUGGAGCUGCAUUCACUCAGCACGGGACGACCUCCUCUUGUGGCCAUGGUGACCCGACAGCUCAAACAGAUGCUUUUUAGGUAUCAGGGGCACAUUGGUUCUUCUCUAAUUGUGGGAGGUGUGGAUGUUAACGGCCCACAGCUCUAUAGCGUCUACCCUCAUGGUUCCUAUGAUAAGCUGCCUUUCCUUACCAUGGGGUCUGGGGCAGCUUCUGCCAUUUCUGUAUUUGAGGAUCGUUACAAGCCAAACAUGGAGUUGGAGGAAGCAAAGCAGCUGGUAAGAGAUGCCAUCACUGCAGGCAUCUUCUGUGAUCUGGGUUCUGGCAGCAAUGUAGACCUGUGUGUGAUUACAGAGAAAACUGUGGAUUAUCUGAGAGCAUAUGACCAGCCUGUUCAGAAAGGAUUGAGGGAGGGUACGUACAGAUACAAGCCAGGCACUACUGCUGUGCUCACAAAAACAGUGACUCCAUUAACACUGGAUGUUGUGGAUGAAUCUGUCCAAGUGAUGGACACAGAAUGAGACAUAAAGAACAUUUGUACACUCUUUGCCUUCAACUCACUGGAAAAUAUAAGGAAUAUGUGUGUUGUUUAUAAAUGAGACAUUAAGCAAAGAAAUGUGUUUUCAUCCAUGGUUAAAAAUGUUUUAGUACCUUUUCCUGUAUUCAGUCAUUUGCAUUUGAGCUACUCAAAACUGUUUAGCAAAAAAUGUGAACUAUUGAAGAGACCUGAUGGAUGUUGAAUGAGACAUUUCCUUACACCUGUCAUUAACCUAUCAGAUAUACAAGAUUUGUGUAGUUUUAUAGUUCAUUUAAUAAAAUUUAAGAAUUAAAAAAGAGUCAAGUCAGAGUGACAUUUUUAAACUGAGUUAAAUGUUCAUUUUUUGGAUGCGAAAGGCAAAAUGAUACUACCAGUUCAUUUAUAAAUAAUAACCAAUAAAAGGUUUUAUAGUUUUAUUAAAGUUUUAUGGCCACAUAAUUCAACAUGAUGUGUCCCAUUAUGUUCUUCCCAAACUGAAACAACACUUAUCCGACUUCAAAUACCUUUUUUUUCUCCAGCUACUAUUAUAUAGCAUAUUACUAUGUGUAUUUUUUUUAAGUAAGUGAAAGCAUGACAUUUAUGUUUGGUCAGUUGUUACCAGUGGGAAGCUAAAAAUCAGUCAAGACCCAUUAAAAC